UUAUAAUUUUUUUGUUAUGGCAAUGCCAUAAAAAUUAACUACAACCAACUUCGUGUUUCCUUUUCUCUUUCUUUCGAAACGUGGAAAACAUCAAUAUUGGUUGGUUUUCUCGUAUUUUUUACAAAAAUAAUUUUGCAAUAUGCCCCGCGAAAUCAAAGAAGUUAAGGAUUUCCUGAACAAGGCCCGUCGUGCCGAUGCUCGUGCCGUCAAAAUAAAGAAGAACCCCAGCAACACCAAAUUCAAGAUCCGUUGCUCCCGUUUCUUGUACACCUUGGUCGUCCAAGACAAAGAGAAGGCCGAGAAAAUCAAGCAAUCCCUUCCCCCAGGUUUGCAAGUUAAGGAAGUCAAGUAAAUUUGCU